UUGUAGUGAUGAGAUGUACAAAAAAUAUUCUAUAAUGAUACUUGGAAAACUUAAAUACACUAUAAUAUCUAUUCUCUUAAUAUGGGGUCUUUGUGCAAUAUAUUUGCUCUUAUCCAAAAAAUACCUAUUUUUCCAGGAGUACAACUUAGAAUUGACAUUAGCUGAAAAUCAAAUUAAAGCAUUGCAAAAACAAAAUUCUGAACUAUACAAUAUAUUUAUAAAAUUAAGAAAUCAACGUUCAAAAUUUCAAUCUUAUAAACCAGUAGAAACUCAUUUCAAAUUACAAUCGAUAUUAGAUAUCGAUGAUUACCUCGUUAAUAAACCAAAAUACGUCAAUAUAUCCCAAAUGCCCUACAUAAAAUCCGAGCAUUAUCGAAGAAAAGUGCAACUCGGUUUGGGCCAUUUGCACAAAUUUAUAUCGAACCGUUUUUCCGAUUUUAAAUCUAGUCUAAACAAACAAAUAUCCUCCGGAAAUUCUGGUUCUUUAAAUGCCAACUUGCUAAACGAUAAGUUAAAUCACAUGGACGUGUUCAUCAAACAAAUCCUUAACGAUCUCCUCAGUCAAUCCGAUUUAAUGAAAGAUAUUUCAGAUGACUUAUGGAAAACUCGGUUAAACGCUCGUCUCUCCGAACUUGUUAAUCAAAGAAUUAUAGAAUACCAGAAUCCCAAAAAUUGUACCACUGCCCGAAAGCUGAUCUGCGACGUCGAUAAGUCUUGCGGGUUCGGUUGUCAAAUACAUCACGUAAUCUAUUGCCUUGUAGUCGCGUUCUCUUCCAAACGUACCCUAAUACUUAAAAGCGAAAAUUGGAAAUACGAUUCCUUAGGUUUUGAACACGAGUUUUUACCGCUUAGCGCGUGUUCCAGCCACGAGGAAGGGGAAGAUCGACCCGUUGAAUGGCGAGGUGACGAAAUAGCGCAACAGGAUGAACCACGUGUCAUAAUUUUACCAAUAAUCGAUAUUAUGAGUCCACAGUCUCAAUUCCUUCCCCUUUCCAUUCCAUCCGACUUAUCGCAAAUAGUCUCCACCUUUCACAGUAGACCCCACGUAUGGUGGGUAGCUCAAUUCGCCUCCUUCGUGAUUAGGCCCACGCCUCAUCUGACGAAAAUAGCUGAAGCUUUGUACGAUACUAUUCAUCAGGAUUCUAACCCAAGCAAAUCGAAUCGAAGCCCUUUUCAACAUCCAAUAGUUGGAAUACACGUAAGGCGAACAGAUAAAAUAGGCACAGAAGCCAGUUUCCACGAUAUAUCCGAAUAUAUGAAACAUGUCGAUGAUUAUUUCGAUAUUUUGGAUCUCAAAAGAAUUUAUAACUCUUCGAUAUUAUCUUCAUCACCCACUCAAAUUUCAAAAAUACAGCGACGCGUAUAUAUAGCUACCGAUGAUAUAAACGUUCUCAAUGAAGCCACUAAAAAAUAUCCCCAUUACAUUGUGCUAGGGAAUCGUGAAGCUGCUAAGUCGGCAAAUACUGCCACUCGUUAUUCCUUAGGUGGAUUAAUAGGAGUCUAUUUGGACAUAUAUUUCUUAGCUCGUUGCAAUUACCUAGUUUGCACCUUUUCUUCACAAGUAUGCCGUUUAGCCUUCGAACUUGCCAAUGCGCACUUCAAAACAGAUGUUUCCGAUAAUUUCUACUCCUUAGACGAUAUUUAUUACUACGGAGGCGGUCGAGGACUAUAUUACAAAGCGCUCAGAGAUCAGGAACCCAUAACACCUAAUGAAAUUGAAACAGUAUACCCAUACGGGAAGUUAAAAGCCGGUAAUAAAUUGGAGUUAUUAGGAGACGAAAAAAAUGGGUAUUCGCUAGGUAAAAUCUUGGAAAACGGUAAAACUAAGGGUAAGGCCCUUUUCCCUUCUCAUAUUCUCGAAGAAAUACCUUUAGUGGCUGGUAAUUUUUUUGAACAACCGUAAAUCAUGAUUAUUUUAUAAUCCUUACCCAAUUUUUAUGAAUUCGUGUUCAGUAAUUUUUGGUCCUUGAAAUCUUGUUUGGCUUAAUCAGAUUCGGAAUUAAAAGCUUGAUAUAUCUUUAUUUUUUUGCCUUAUUAUCGUGAUAAUUAAAUAGUCAAAAUACAUUAGAAGCUUAAAUACUAACAUUUUAUUUUUUCCCUGAAAUUUUAUAAACAAUGUAUGCAAUUACUUAGAUAUUUAUUGGGCUUAUUUGGCGCCAAAUAAUUUUCACUAAUAGCUACAUAGCCAUAACAUAAUGCAUUUGAAGAAUCCUAUCGUUUUAUCCUACAAAAUAAAUACUUUAUAUGCAACAAUUACGUGGAUUAAAAAAAUAUUUAUUAUAUUAAGGCUAAUUUGAUACCAAAUAUUUUGUACAUGACAAUUUUUAAAUUGCAAAUACA